CAUAGCAACGGUGGGCGCCAUGUUGGGCCGCGACCUCGGAUGGGGGGCGCUCCUUCUGCCCCUGUGCCCCCAGAGACCGCCUGCCCCCUCCUCUUCCCCCUCUAGGACUCCCAGCCCUGACAGAAUUCCUCUUCCUGUUCCACGGGCCAAUCAACUGCUCCAUCUCGUGAUUGACAACGUGCUUCACGUAUCAUUACUCGCGAUCUUUCCUCGCUCCGUCUGGGUUGGGGAUUUCCUGCCCCGCGGCUCCGGCAUCGUCACCCGGCGGCCGCUCAUCCUGCAGCUCAUCUUCUCCAAGACCGAAUAUGCCGAGUUCUUGCACUGCAAAUCCAAGAAGUUCACGGAUUUCGAUGAGGUGCGGCAGGAGAUCGAAGCGGAGACCGACCGGGUGACGGGCACCAACAAGGGCAUCUCCCCCAUCCCCAUCAACCUGCGCGUCUACUCGCCGCACGGUCAGCCUCCUCUGGGG